AUGCAAGAGAGGCUCGCGUACAAUGAAAAGAUAUCACUACUCCGAGAUGACGAAUAUCCGAUGCUCAAGGGAAUUACGUAUCUUGAUCAUGCUGGUACCUCUUUGUACUCAAAGUCGCUCAUCGAUGCAUUCUCUAGGGAAAUGAUGUCUCAGGUCCUCGGAAACCCCCAUUCAACAUCUACAUCUGCGCUGAAUACCUCUCAACGCAUCCAGGACGUCCGAAUUAGGGCACUAAAACUCUUCAGAGCAGACCCCGAGCACUUCGACAUCAUAUUCACCGCCAAUGCCACCGCGGCAAUUAAGCUUGUCCUAGAAGCGUUCGCAGGAUAUAAAUCGGGGUUCUCCUAUCGCUACCACCGUGACUCGCAUACAAGCCUUGUGGGGGGCAGGGAGCUGGCCUCUCGGAGUCAGUGCUUUGCGUCUGACACAGAAGUAGAAAUGUGGAUGAACCGACGGCGCAGGUGUUCGUUGUUAUCCUUGUUUAAAACUAAGAAGAGUCAUACAAAUCCAUCCCUCUUCGCUUAUCCCGCUCAAUCAAAUAUGAACGGCCGUCGGCUUCCCCUGACGUGGCCUUCCAAGCUCCGCAACUCCAGUCACCAGAACGCUUACACCCUUCUCGAUGCCGCCGCACUUGUAUCCACCUCUCCCUUAGACCUUAGCGACCAUACCACAAGUCCUGAUUUUACCGUCCUGAGUUUCUACAAAAUAUUCGGGUUUCCAGACCUAGGGUGUCUCAUCGUGCGGAAAGCCUCAGCGCAUGUCUUCGAGCAACGCAAAUAUUUUGGAGGUGGGACCACGGAAAUGGUGACGGUUUCCCCGGAGCAGUGGUUUGUGAGAAAGGAGAACUCGUUGCACGAAAGAAUGGAAGAUGGUACAUUGGCGAUACGUAGUAUCAUUGCGUUGGGAUGUGCGAUCGAUGUGCACGAGAGAUUGUUUGGCGGAUUGGACAAGAUCUCGACGCAUACUGGGUUUCUUGCGAAGUAUGCAUACAGCAUACUAGAAGGGCUGAGGUAUGAAAAUGGAAGACCCGUCUGUCAGAUUUACAAAGGUGAACGUUCGACUUAUGGGGAUCAAAUAACUCAAGGUGCAAGUAUUGCCAUGAAUCUCCUCCACAGCGAUGGAAGUUGGAUCAGCAGUUCCACGGUACAAAAGCUAGCCAAGACGAAGGAUAUCCAUAUACGAACAGGUAGUCUGUGUAACCCAGGGGGCAUGGCACAAACGCUUGGUCUAGGGUCUGUAGAAAUUAAGAGGGCGUUCGCGGAAGGGUUUCGGUGUGGUCAGGAGGCGGAUGUGAGGGCUGGGGUGCCAAUGGGCAUGGUGAGGAUUAGUUUCGGAGCGAUGAGUACAGUCGAUGAUAUUGAAAUGUUCAUACAAUUUCUGAGGGAGGAAUUUGUUGACUCUGGGGGUGAGGGGGUAGGGGAGAAGGGAGUUGGGGGUAGUAGUAGUCAAGCGGAGAGCUGUGAUUUGAAGGCGUAG